GACCAUGAAGUGCGUUAAAGGCAGUGCUGCAUUUAAAGACACUUCCUUCCACCUGCUGGCUUGUGCCUGAAAUGUGAUGACCAAGGAGUCCUCAACAGCUCAUAAAGAAAGAUGGAUCGUAAUGAUGAGAGAAUCAAAAGAGCUUUAAGACGCCGCCCUUAUGUGUUGAAACCAGUGAGGGUGAACACCCCUGAUUCCGUGUUGUGGCCAACCGGCAAGGUGCACAGAAGGCCAAAGCCUUCUAAUUCAGUGCAGACCCCUCAGAUCCACAAAAGGCCUCCAAUCAUUGUGAGCUAUGGGCAGGACCAGACAUCUGGGGAUGGAUGGAGCAUCAAUCUAGAGCCUCUCAGCCAGGUCAUCUCUGCUGUUCCCAUAAAGACACAACAGUUCGAUCAAUCUGUUGAUUCAUAUGGCCAUUUUGGUUGGCUUGGUUGAAUUGACAAUUAUCCAUUCGAGAUGCUAAAGAAUCCUGUACUAUGGAAGAUCUUUUGCCCCACCCCUAAUGUUAUGGGAGUUGCAUUUAUUGCAUUUUCAGUUACCCAUGUAUUACUCACUACUUGUACAACCAUGUUGGAUUGCCUACAUAUUCUAUGUAUUCUAUGGCUGCCAUGAGUACAUGCCUUUCUCUGUCUCCUCAGUCUGGAAGGGUGACUCGGCUGAUAGAGAGAAAAUAUCAUGAUGUGAUCUCAUCCUCCAGUUCUGAUGACUUUUCCAUCUACUCCUUCACUGACUGUGAAUCUGAGUGUGAUGAUGAGGAUCAUGAAAGGAGGACACCAAAGCUGAAAGUUGAGAAUGGAAAGGAGACAAAGCUUGAUGUGAGGGACAUGGACGAGGAUGAUGAUCUGUCUCUCCACUCCUUCGAUGAGUCAGACUUCCUGAGCCCAGGGAAGGUCUCAGGUCCUGUAUCUGUCAAGAAUGGCCUCUCUCCUCUUGUAACCUCAGCACACCGGACACUGGCUGAAGCCCUACGGGCCCUGCCCUCUGCUGUAGGCUCUCCCUACCCAGUAAAUGUUCCAAGGCCUCGGACUCCUCUCAACCCUGUCAUUAUCGCUCCGCCCCGAACAGAGAACUUCCCAUACCGCCACAGCCCUCGCCUGGCUCCCAUCACCAACCUGAGCGAGACCGGCAGGAAGCUGCUCCAGGAAAUGGCUGGAGUGACCCCACAGGAAGGGAAGGUCAAUAAGAAAAAGAAGAGCGAGGCCAAAAAAAAUUUGAAGCAAGAGAAGGCCAGUAAGACGAAACAGAUGGGAAAUGUUGGAGAAAGUAAGGAGGACAAGAAAGAGGAAAAGAAGAGUCUGAGGAAGAGGUUUCUUCAGUGGCUGCUGUCCAAACUGAGAUGUUCAAAGAAAUAAUGGACAACUAUUACUUCUACCACACACACACACAGAUUUUGAGUAUUGGUUAUUCCUACAACACACACAAAUGUAAUUUCAGAGACAGGAACUAUGAUUAGCAAAAUACAUAUAUUGGUCUCAUUCUUAUAUUUUGAGACAUGCAGCAUUAUUUAAAUAAAACAUAUAUAUUGAUCCCCAUACAGCCUAUGAUAAUGAAUUGGAUUUACAUGCUUAGGCUUGGAAAUAUAGCCAGGAGAAGCAAAGGACAGCACCAACCUUAGGGCAGUGUCACUGGUAUUGGGGUCAUAGGUCUCCUUUGGCCAAAGUGAAGAGUUGAGGGCCCCUUACUGGUCUCCUUGCAAUAUCUGGUCUCCCACACAGAGAUGGAAAUCUACACCUGUUUAGGCCUUGGAGGAUAUGGCUUCAGAUGAAAGACAGCAGAGAGAUGCAGAACGUAAAAGUUUCAAACACAUUGAUAUGCAAAUUCAGGACCAUUAUACACUGAAGUGGAGCAUGCAUCUGGUCUGAAGCAUGUCAAAAGAGUAGAAAUGAACUGGGACUGGAGGAAUACAUCACAUUUAAACUAAAUUAUCAUGUAUCUGAUUUAGCUACACUUAUCUGUACUUGAAUUGUGCUGUUUGAAAAGUGCAUUUC